GCCGCUGCGGGAUGGCGCCGCCGCCGCUGCUGCGCGCCGUCAUCAUGGGCCCGCCGGGCUCCGGCAAGGGCACGAUCUCGGCGCGGAUCAUCAAGCACUUCGGCAUGAAGCACCUCUCUAGCGGAGAUAUGCUGAGGGACAACAUGCAGAAGAAGACAGAAGUUGGAAUCCUUGCCAAGUCCUACAUUGAUCAAGGAAGGCUUAUUCCAGAUGACAUCAUGACACGGCUGAUGCUGAAUGAGCUAAAAGGUCUAGAUCGAUACAACUGGCUGCUGGAUGGUUUCCCUAGAACAGUUGCUCAGGCACAAGCCCUGGAUAAAGAGUGUCAAAUAGACACUGUGAUUGACCUAGACGUACCAUUUGAAACCAUAAAAUGUCGUCUCACUGCACGUUGGAUCCACCCUAGUAGUGGCAGAGUCUACAACCUUGAAUUCAGUCCCCCCAAAGUGCAGGGCAUUGAUGACAUUACUGGAGAGCCCCUUGUUCAACGAGAUGAUGAUAAGCCAGAGACGGUUACCAAGAGGCUGCAGGCUUACGAUGCACAAACAAAACCCGUUCUAGAAUACUAUCGGGAAAAAGGGCUGUUGAAAUCCUUCUCUGGAACAGAAACUAAUAAAAUCUGGCCACAUAUCUAUGCUUUCCUCCAAACCAAGUUGCCGGAUGUGAGCCAGAAAGACACUGCCACUCCCAGGUGAAAUUAGGUCUAACUUCUGCUCACUGGUCAUAGCACACACACUAUUACACAAGAUUCAGCAAUCAAUAAUUACUCUUAAGUAGUGUACCAGACUGAUCAAUAAUUAAAGUCUACUGUUGGCCCUAAAUUACAUUGUGAUAAAACUAUGUCUUCUCUGGUUCUCUCUUCAAAACUGUAUUUGUUUUUAAUUUUAAAAUAUGCCUGAUUUUCAUAAUAUAGUAAUUGACUUUAACAAAA